AUGAAAGCGUGCAACCCUGUCUGAGGGUUCAAGGUUCGAGUAUCUGGUGAGUCUGCAGCCAGAUAAGCAGUUUGCUGAGCGCUCAGUGUGCAGGAUCUCCUCCCGGCCUGGAGCUGUCUGAGCUCUGCAGCUGCUCACCAUGAUCAUCCCCACCGCUGGGUUUGGUUCCCAGUUCCUCCGGAGAAACAGCGCUUUCUCCGCAGCUCUGAGGGUUUUCCGGACACCAUGGACGUUCAAAACAGGAUCACCAAUUACUGCGCGGGCCAUCCACGUGGACUCUGCACCCGUCGUUCCCACUCUCACCACCAGCUACGUCCACGGCACGUCGUCCUGGUCGCUGCUCCACGACACGGUGGCAGAGACCCUGCAGAAGACGGUGGAGCGCUUGCCCGACAGGGAGGCUGUGGUCUUUGUCCAAGACGGCAUCCGCAAAACCUUUGCAGAGUUUCAACAAGAUGUGGACCAAGCUGCUGCAGGACUUCUGGCUCUUGGGCUCACGAAAGGAGACCGGCUCGGCAUGUGGGGGCCGAACACGUACGAGUGGAUCCUGUUUCAGUUUGCAACAGCCAAAGCUGGGAUUAUACUGGUGUCUUUAAACCCAGCUUACCAACAAAAGGAAGUGGAGCAUGCUUUACUAAAAGUAGGCUGUAAGGCCGUUGUGUGUCCUUCAGAGUUUAAAACUCAAAACUACUGCGACAUGUUGAUGAAGAUCUGUCCUGAAAUCGAGAAGUGCGUCCCAGGAGACCUCAAGAGCAACAGACUCCCAGAACUCCGCUCUGUGAUCAUCCUGGACAGCCGACGACCAGGAAUGUUUCACUUUGAGGACGUGAUGCAGGCCGGAGAAAGUCAGCAUGUGAAGCAGCUGCAGGAUCUGCAGGCGAAGCUUUCCUUUGAUGACCCAAUAAACAUCCAGUUCACCUCGGGUACAACUGGAGCACCAAAAGGUGCCACUCUCUCACAUCACAACAUUGUCAACAAUGCUUACUUUAUUGGCAAAAGAAUUGGAUACACCUGGAAGCCCCACCCCCGUGUUUGCGUGCCUGUGCCUCUAUACCACUGCUUCGGCUCUGUUGGUGGAGGGAUGGUUAUGGGCGUUCAUGGCAUCACCCUGGUCUUUCCCUCCACUGGAUACAACGGGAAGGCCAACCUUCAAGCAAUGGAGAGUGAGAGAUGCACCUCUGUCUACGGGACUCCCACCAUGUAUGUUGACAUGCUUAACCAACCAGAUUUUGCUAAAUAUGAUUUGUCAUCCGUAGAGGGGGGCAUCAUGGCUGGCUCCCCAUGCCCUGCAGAGCUGGUGAAGAAAGUGGUGUCUGAGAUGGGCAUUAAAGAAAUGACAAUAGGAUACGGCACCACAGAAAACAGCCCUGUGACGUUCCUGGGAUGUCCUCUGGACAACAUGGAGAGGAAAACUGAGACCGUUGGCUACAUCAUGGACCACAUAGAGGCUAAAAUAGUAAACCCUACAAGUGGCCAGGUUGUGCCUCUGGGGGAAAAGGGAGAAAUAAUGGUCAGAGGAUACUGCGUGAUGCUGGAGUACUGGUAUGAACAGGCUAAAACAGAGGAAUGCAUUACUAAAGACGGCUGGUAUAAAACUGGAGACAUUGCCAGCUUAGAUGCUUACGGCUACUGCAAGAUCGACGGCAGGAUUAAAGACAUGAUCAUUCGAGGAGGAGAAAACAUCUACCCUGCAGAGAUCGAGCAGUUUCUCCACACACAUCCCAAAGUCAAGGAGGCACAGGUGGUUGGAGUCCAGGAUCCGCGUUUGGGGGAGGAAGUCUGUGCCUGCAUUCAACUGGUGGACGGUCAAGAGUGCACAGAAGAGGAGAUUAAAGCUUAUUGCAAAGGACAGAUCGCUCACUUCAAGAUCCCUCGCUACAUCCUCUUCAUGAACAGCUUCCCGCUCACAGUUACAGGAAAGAUCCAGAAGCACAGACUUCGUGAAGAGGCUGAGAAGCAGCUGGGCUGAGGAAGGAGAAAUGACAGGAAGGAGAGCAUUCAGACUGUUUUCAGUAUAUAAACUGUAUAUACAUUGUAUACCAAAAACUACAAUUUGGAUUAGCCCGACCAGCCAUCUGGAAAAGCUACUCUUAAUAUACAGCCUAAGCCUUUACUGGAUGAGUGAUGGGAUGGUAGGAGGCUACAAAUCUUUAGAGUGAGAUCAGCAGGUCAAUUUUGAAAUUACACCAUCCUGCUUGUUUUUAAGCUGUUUAAAGAAAUAUACAUUGAUCCAUCAUGGAAGAUGUUACUACAAAAACACAUUACAUUCAAUGAAGAUAGAGGUUCAGAUCUAGGUGCAGCAGAGAAUCAUGAUGUGAAUCCUAAAAUCUACCAUGUGAUUGGAUUUUUAAGGAUUUUUCUCAGAAAUGUCAUCUGAGGCUAAUUUAAACCAGAAGACUUGUUAACUUAAUGGCCUAUUAAGUUUUUUUAUUCAAC